AUACUGGCAGAUACCCUACUACUACGCAGGAAUCAAGGCCUAUGACUUGGUCAGUGGGUCCAAGAUCUUAAAGCCCAGCUACAUCCUCUUCAAGAACAGGACCCUGGAUGUCUUUCCUAUGCUAAAAAAGGAUAAGCUCAAGUGCGGCAUCGUAUACUACGACGGCCAGCAGAAUGAUGCUCGAAUGAAUCUGUCUCUGAUAGUAACAGCUAUUAGGUAUGGAACGCAGUGUGCCAACCACGCUAAGGUCACCCAACUCCUCAAGGACGAACAGGGAAAGGUCAGCGGGGCUGUUUGCAAGGACCUACUCACAGGAGAGGUAUUCAAAGUGAAGGCGAAGUGUGUGGUGAAUGCGACUGGGCCCUUCACUGACAGCAUCCGCCAGAUGGGCAGCGAGAAGAACAGACCCAUCUGCCAGCCAUCCUCUGGAGUACACAUCAUACUGCCAGACUACUACAGCCCUGAGAAGAUGGGCCUGUUGGACCCUGAGACUAGUGACGGGAGAGUGAUCUUCUUCCUGCCAUGGGAGAACCACACUAUCGCUGGCACCACUGAUCUGCCCUGCGAACCCACCUUCAACCCCAAGCCAUCAGAGGCAGAGAUCUCGUUCAUUCUGGAUGAAGUGAGACACUACUUGUCCCCAGACGUACAAGUGAGAAGGGGAGACGUGCGUGCGGCGUGGAGUGGAAUCCGACCUCUGGUCAAGGACCCCAGCAAGGGAGACACCCAGUCGCUGGCGAGGAACCACGUGGUCGAAGUGGACGACGCCAAUCUAGUCACCAUCGCAGGGGGCAAAUGGACUACGUACAGGGCGAUGGCCAUGCACACUGUGGAUGCGGCAGUGAAGGCGUGUGGGCUGCAGCCGAAGCUGAGUGAGAAGAGUCAGACAGACGGACUGUUUCUAGAGGGAGGGGAGGGCUGGUCGGCCAAUUUCUACAUCCGGCUCGUACAGGACUUUGGUCUGGACACUGAAGUUGCCCGUCACCUGUCAGAGACAUACGGCACGAGGUCCAUAGAGGUGGCCAAACUGGCCAAGGCCACAGGGCAGAGAUGGCCUUUAGUGGGCAGACGUCUGGUGUCCAACUUCCCCUACAUUGAGGCAGAGGUCACAUAUGCAAUGAAGGAGUACGCCGAAUCGGUCACUGAUGUCUUAGCCAGGAGGACCAGAGUCGCUUUUCUCAAUACGCAAAGUGCCCAGGAGGCCAUCCCGAUAAUAGCUGAUAUGAUGGCUAAAGAGAAGAAGUGGUCCAACGAGAGAAAGGCGACGGAAGUGAAGAAUGCACAGACGUUUGUGUAUGAGCAGAUGGGGGCCGAAGCGAGGAAGGAGUACCUGGCCAGUGUGCCUGUGAGUCUGACCUCAGAGGAGAUCAGCAAGUACUCGAAAUCAUUCAACAGCAUCGACAGGAAGAGGAAGGGAUACAUAUCACUGCAGGACCUCAGACAGUUCUUCAAGGAUCAAAAUGAAGAGAUCAGUGAGGGCACUCUGAGAGACAUUCUGAACGAUGUGGAUGCAAAUUCUAACGGACAACUGGAGCUGGAGGAGUUCCUGCAGCUGAUGAGUUGCGUAAAGCGUGGAGAUGUGCUGAGUUUGAAAGUGAUUUCUCCACUUAUCGAAAGCGUCAAGGCCAGAAAUUUACCCAACAGAGACCAGUAGAAGACCCAUAUUUCACUCAGAUUUCUCAUAAUGCGCCGAUAUAACAGCUACAAGAGGCACAACAACGAAACUUUACUAGUCUAACUAACCAUUGAAGGUCCUUAGAUUGGAGCGUAAAUAUGAAAAAUUCUACUAAUGUACUGACAAGUAUUUUUGCAAGAUUCAUUCAACAAUUUGUGCUUUUCGCCUAAAUUUGAAUUCGUACUACCAUAAUUUAGUCACAGUGGAAACCAAUCAUUAAUUGUCAAUUUUAAUUUGUAGCAUCAAUUAUUCAAAGCUCAACUUAAGUUUAACAAUGUUUUUAAUGGAGCGAUGUUUAGUAUUGCUUUGAUCACUAAUGUAAAUUUGAAGCAAUUUUAACCAAAUUUUUUAUAUUUGCUAAAAGAUGCUGGUCACAUUUUGGAAACUAAUAUCUUAGAAUAUUUUGCAUUCACUUUCACUGGCUGUUUUAUAAAUUACAAAUUAAACCAAAUUAGCGCUUCUGAAGCUAAUAAAUUAUUUUCAACUUGAAA